GCUGCAUUCCCAUGGUUUCCCGUGACCCAUACGAGUUCAUACGCUAUUUGAUCCGAUUGGAUACUGGAGCUAUCCAAACAACCUUCUUGACAUUGUAGGACCUGCAGGGACAGAGUCCCAGUCAGUUUAGCAUGUUGGGUCAUUACAUUAUUCAAGCCCGACCACCACGACAAGGUAGCAGUUAUCGGCCGGGACCGAAACACCUACGUGUUUAUCCGGCUCAUGAAGGGAGGUCUCAGCAGCAUCGAUUUCCGAGACCUCACUACAAAUAGCAUUAAGCAAUAUUGGAGAUGGAAAGAAUACUAGUUUACUCUCAUACUUAUUUUUAAAAGGAUUCAGAUUUCUCGAACUACAGUCCGCAUCUAUUGCAAUGAGACGAUUAAUAAUAACCCAGUUUUGUGCAUACUUUGCCAGUUUAUUAGUGGAUGGUUUAUGUGCUCAGGGUAUGUAUAUGUUUACAUAUCUUAUUUGGAUUUAAAUGCGGAUGGUUGUUUUGUAAAUUGCAGUAAGUGUUAGAGUAGCCAUAUAAUGUACUGGUUCACAUUUUAACUUUAUACAUGUGUAUAUGUAUUUCAGUAAAUAUAUUUUGUCUUUCUCAUGUUUUAAAUUACGACACAAAUUAAAUGGAUAAGUGACCUAACUUUAUACUCUCGGAAUUCUUUUACCCCUGCAGUUUGAUUCGAUGGCUAGACGAAUUCAUGUGGAUGAAGUCCCAAGGACACCCAAGGGAAAGAAUUUGGAUACCCGCAAAAUAUCAGCUGAUGAGAUUGAAUUUGAUUCAGAGAUAACCAUAAAAUCGUCUUUAGUACGUGAGUGUGAACCUGUGGAUGCUUUGUUUGAAGAGGCUGAACCAAGUGAUGAAGACGAUAAUAAACCAAAGUUUAUUGCUCGUAAAUCCAUAGAUCUCCGAAAAUUACGUUCAGAAAAAGAUAAAUGGGAAGCUAUCUGCUCCAGUCCUAUGGUGGAUUCUCGACCUCGAAGAUUGAGUUAUUCAAAAUCUUUCAGUGAAGGCGUGUUAGAUUCCGAUGAUCCUAAAACUCCCAUGCGUUUACCUAGGUAUAAUGACCCUAUUUCAUCUGCAUCACGCCGAAUGUCACGUGUGAUAAUUAAUCGUCGGUUUUCCAUGUUAGAAAUGAACCGUAAUCCUGCAUUUUCUGGAAAAUCGAAUUCAAAUAACAUAAUGCCUGCUGCCAAGUGCGAAAUGCAAGAUGCGCCGGAGGAUCCAUUCACUUUAGAAGACAAGGAGAAUGUUGAACCAUCAGAGAAAAUCGCCUCAUCUUCUUCUAAAGAAGCAAACAAUGAAACCCUAAACACAUCUGCAGUUGAUCCUAACUCAGUCUCUGAAUUCCGUAUGCUUGCGGAUAUGGAAACAGCUCGACUACUCGGAUUAUGCGGGGAUUGGAAUUGUGUACUAUCUGAAGAAGGUGAAAAUAUGCCAGAAACGGCACGGGAUUCUGUUAGAGCAGUCGUAGGAAAGUGUGAGCUUUUGUUACAGAAAAAAUUGCCAUUUUUUAAAAGUUUAAUUGAAAUGGCCGAGAAAAGUGUUGAAUCGUGUAACACUGAUGAUAAUGAUACACCAAAAACGGAUUUAAACGAUCUUCUUGGCUAUUGGACUUUAGUAUCUAAUGAAAUUCGUCUAUCUGAUAAUGCUUUUGAACGUCUACGUAUUUGGCGUGAAGACUGUAACUGGUCAGUGGAGCAGUAUCCUGUUACUCCAGCCAGAUCGGAAAUUAUUAAACGUCGUGGUCGUCCACCAAAACACGUAAAAAAUACAACGACAAUAACAUCACAUCCAAAGAGAGGUAAACUGAAAAAUUCUCAACCUGUUAACAGUGAAUUUGUCAACGCGAAUGAAGUAGAGAAUGCGUUAACUUCUCCAACAUCAGACUCAGUUGGUAUUAAAACACCUAAGGUAAUGAAUGAUAUUCGGUUGAUAUUCUGUAUUAACAGUGGUAAUAAUAUUGUUUACAGGUUUAAUCAUUAGUUGACAUCAGUUAGAGCACCAUUGGACCAUUGGAUCGGUUCCCAGUGGGUGAAUAGUCUACUAGCUCGCCUUGUUCAAACCAUAAAUCAACUACCCACUUGGUCCUAGUUCAAUUCCCAGCUGAUCCACUUUUAAAUCUCACUUAGUUAACUAGCCGAUAGUAAACUCGGAAAAGAUGGGGGUGACGGGAGAGGGUGUUGAAGUUAGCAACCUCCUCCCCCCCCCUCCAACUCGUAAAACCAAAUCAACACUGUCUCUAUUGAAAUUUCAAAGCUUAAGGCUUGAUGACCUAUUUUCUAUUCGAAACACGCAGGGAGUAAUAAUAAGAGACCACAACUAACGGUUAUUAAAACACAAACUUGUUACAUCAUGAGUAUCAAGAAAAAUGCGCUCCAAAAAAUUUCAUAGUUUGUGCGCCAAGGCUACGCUACUUCCCAGACGGCCCAGACUGAAGCACAUGGUUAUGCUAAGGGAGUUACUUCUCCUGAGCCUUUGACUUUAAGUCUGAUCCACAAGGUAGGUAGUGAAUCAGCAUCAGGAGUUACGUUCUUAUGAUUGACAGUGACCAUUAGAUCCUUUCGGAUUCUGGAGCCCAUGUACAUCAUAGGUUUUGAAUCAGGGUUUUACAGAUCCCUUAGUUAGACCUGAAUGUCCAUCAGUCCGGUUGUAAGUUCCAGACUUCCGUAUUCACCUCUUCAAUUUUAUAUGAAGUACCCGCCGCGUAAAGACAGUGAAUAGGAUCUGCUUGACAGAGUCUGUGAACACGUGGCCACAUGAAGAUUUCGAGGCAAAGACAGAAGUCUACCCACCCUCGGUUGCACCCGGUGGUUUGUGACGGCUGCUAUAGGAAUAUUUUUUGAACUACAUCAGUGAACUGAACACAGCAAAAUUCUAAUAAUCUUGUGACACAAUUAUUAUUAUCAUUGCUAUAUUCAAUCUCCCAUUAUCAUGUUUCACCUUAUCCCAAGUGUGUGUAUUAUAUCAUAAUCAUGAUAGAUGUGCAUAGUAGGUUAUAUAAUGAGUUUAUAAAGGUUUUGGAUUUUUGGAAGUUUACUAAUCAUUGGAUACCUGGUUGUUGUGAUAUUAACAGUGUGAAAGAGAGACUCUCAAGUGAAACACGUUACUUUUAUGUUUGUAGUGAAAUCGAAGGAGUGCGAGUUGUAAUCAUCCAUUAAGAUGCAAGAAAAUAUGUCAGUUAUAUUUACGCACUGUAUUAGUACAUUCGAUGUAAAGUGUGAAAAUAGAUCGAUAGCAAAAUCAACUGAGUACAGGUAAUGAUCUUUGGUUCAGGUAUUCACAAAACCGGUUUCAUCAAAUAUUGUCUAAAUCUCAAUGUUACUCUAGUCAGUGAAGUGUUAUUAAGUUAUUCAUAAAUGAUUCUGAAGUGUUAAUUCUCGAGGGUUUGAUUAGUUUCAAAUUAAAUCACGAACUGAUAUCAGGGACACUGAAAAACAAUUUCACCCCGCCUUUGAACUCUUGAACAGCACUCAUCUAUGACCCCUUCGGUGAUCGAACGCACAGCUAUCAGGUUAUAAGGUGAACCCGUUGACCAGUGAUAAAUGGUCACGUGGUUAGCCUACUUUUUGUAUAAGAAAAUCAUUCGUUAUGAUAAACUUCUAUCCUUACUUAAUAAAUGUCAUCAAUCCUGCUGAAACACUGUGUAUGCGCCUAGUGUUUAACAAUAAGCCUGUAAGCCUCAUUUUUUGUCGAAUAUAUAUAUUUAUAGAAAGUGUCCAGGAUCUCACAGCAAUUCAGAAAUAUGAUCAGUACUGCGAACAUAAGGCUGAAGAUUACACCGAAAAAGCCAGUGAGGUCUAGAUUUCUUCAGUUUUUAGAAGCUAAAAGAGCUGAAGCUGCUUCAGCUUCGACUCAGAAAAAUCCCUCUCCUCAUAAAAAUAUCGUCGAUGUACUUUCUCCACUUGGUUUACGCCCCGUCACUGGUGUUCGUGAGGAUGAAACUAAUGACAAUAACAAUAAGUAAUCACUUGCAAGAUGAAGUAUUGGAACAACUGAGAGAAAAGAAAUGAAACAAUAUACUUCAGUUCUUCACCGUUUAAUCAAUAAUUUUGUGUACUUAUUCGUUAAUUAUGCUUACUUUACUCGACUAUAUCAUAUUAUUACUAUAUUUUGUUAUUGUUCUUACAAACAUGCAAAUAUUGUUUUGAUAUGUGCACAGUAACUCUGAUAGCUAUAUUCUUCAACAAACUUAAUCUCAAAAGUUUAUGCCUAUUUUUUUCUGUGUAUGUCUGUAUAUGUGUCUAUUCAUAACUUUAUCUUUUCGCUGUUAACACAGAAUUCAUUAAAUAUAUUUCUACAGAAAUAUACAUCAAUACUUUACUUAUCA